GCGUGCAUGACUGACUUGUCAACACUAUCUAGAUAUCUUAGCCGUAUCCAGAUAAUUGUGCGUUCCUGUUCUUUCUUCUAGAUAUCCGUGACUUUUACCUAUAUUCUCAUAAACAUCGGUACUCACACCUUGUCAUUCGUAAAUUUGUCCUAUUCCUGUAUAUGUACUAUCCUUGGCGCAUCAGUUUCGGACCUCGCUAGCUACUGAAUUACAACUAAAAAAAUACAUAAAUUAUAUAAAAUAUCUUUAGGCUACAGAUAUAAGAUUUAUGUGAAAAAAAACUGACUGUGAAACACCAGUGUCUUUUCUAAAAAAAUAUCCAAAUACAACCUCAAAAUAGCCCACCUGAAAUGAUUGACAUGAGUAUCGGAAAUGUGACUAAUCUGGGAGGAUGCACAAAGCAGGCUAUGAAAUGUAUACCCAUAAUAUCUUCCCUUAAUGUCCGUAUCUACACCUAGAUAUCUGUUUAAUACUCUUCCCGUAUCCACACCUAGCUAUCUGUUUAAUCUCCCGUAUCCACACCUAGGUAUCUGUUUAAUACUCUUCCCGUAUCCACACCUAGAUAGCUGUUUAAUCUUCCCGUAUCCACACCUAGCUAUCUGUUCAAUACACUUACCGUAUCCACACCUAGAUAUGUUUAAUACUCUUCCCGUAUCCACACCUAGAUAUCUGUUUAAUCUUCCCGUAUCCACACCUAGAUAGCUGUUUAAUCUUCCCGUAUCCACACCUAGCUAUCUGUUUAAUCUUCUCGUAUCCACACCUAGAUAUGUUUAAUACUAUUCCCGUAUCCACACCUAGCUAUCUGUUCAAUACACUUACCGUAUCCACACCUAGAUAUCUGUUUAAUGCUCUUCCUGUAUCCACACCUAGAUAUCUGUUUAAUCUUCCCGUAUCCACUCCUAGAUAUCGGUUUAAUGCUCUUCCCGUAUCCACACCUAGCUAUCUGUUUAAUCUUCCCGUAUCCACACUUAGAUAUCUGUUUACUCUUCCCGUAUCCACACCUAGCUAUCUGUUCAAUACACUUACCGUAUCCACACCUAGCUAUCUGUUUAAUCUUCCCGUAUCCACACCUAGCUAUCUGUUUAAUCUUCUCGUAUCCACACCUAGAUAUGUUUAAUACUAUUCCCGUAUCCACACCUAGCUAUCUGUUCAAUACACUUACCGUAUCUACACCUAGAUAUCUGUUUAAUGCUCUUCCUGUAUCCACACCUAGAUAUCUGUUUAAUCUUCCCGUUUCCACUCCUAGAUAUCGGUUUAAUGCUCUUCCCGUAUCCACACCUAGCUAUCUGUUUAAUCUUCCCGUAUCCACACUUAGAUAUCUGUUUACUCUUCCCGUAUCCACACCUAGCUAUCUGUUCAAUACACUUACCGUAUCCACACCUAGCUAUCUGUUUAAUCUUCCCGUAUCCACACCUAGAUAUCGGUUUAAUGCUCUUCCCGUAUCCACACCUAGCUAUCUGUUUAAUCUUCCCGUAUCCACACCUAGAUAUCUGUUUAAUGCUCUUCCCGUAUCCACACCUAGAUAUCUGUUUAAUGCUCUUCCCGCAUCUACACCUAGAUAUCUGUUUAAUCUUCCCGUAUCCACACCUAGAUAUCUGUUUAAUGCUCUUCCCGUAUCCACACCUAGAUAUCUGUUUAAUGCUCUUCCCGUAUCCACACCUAGAUAUCUGUUUAAUGCUCUUCCCGCAUCCACACCUAGAUAUCUGUUUAAUGCUCUUCCCGUAUCCACACCUAGAUAUCUGUUUAAUGCUCUUCCCGUAUCCACACCUAGAUAUCUGUUUAAUGCUCUUCCCGUAUCCACACCUAGAUAUCUGUUUAAUGCUCUUCCCGUAUCCACACCUAGAUAUCUGUUUAAUGCUCUUCCCGUAUCCACACCUAGAUAUCUGUUUAAUGCUCUUCCACACCUAGAUAUCCACACCUAG